AGAGGAGCCAAAUUACCGGAAUAUAUAUAUGAGAUAGGUUGAUUCUUUUUUGAUAGUUCACAGAUCGGUAAGAGUCACUACUCUCUCUGUUUAACCGGAUCAAUGAGAUGAUUCAAUCAUUGUUUACUAUUUGUUGUUGAUCUUAUUCUACUUUCUUCUUACUUUCGUACCUAACCGAAUUCCCAAUUCCAUGUCGACCACCUGCUGCAACUGCGGCAAAACCUCUUUCAUCCGCGAUGACGACACUGGCGACUUAGUCUGUUCCUCUUGCGGCGCCGUUCAACAAUACGAUCAAUUCGAAGCCCACAUCGGAGGCAUUAACGGUCCUCAAGGUACCUUCAUCCGCAUCGGAACCUCUGGUUCAGGUUCCUUUUACUCGUACAAAGACAGAAAAAUAUUCGCCGCACAUAAUUCCAUUGACGAAUUAACUCAAAAAUUAGGGUUAGGUUCAAAGAAAAUCGAAAUCACAACCAUGAUUUCUAACAUCACUGAUUCUGAAUUCGGUGAAGGCAAUUGGUUUAAUGUUUUGAUUGGUGCUUGUUCUUACGUCGUUAUGCGGAAAGACGAUUGUCCUUUUUCUAUGGCUGAAAUUGCUUAUGUUGUUUCUUGUGAUGUUUAUGAGCUUGGUAGAAUGAUUGUUAGGGUUAUUGAUUUUUUGGAUUUGAGGAGACAUGAUUUUCCUGAGUUUGAUAUUGUGCAUUCUUUAGAAAGGACUAUUAAAAGUUCUCAUUGUUUUGAUGAUGUUGAUAGGAGUUUGUUGGAUGUAAUGAAGAAGCAGGGGAUUUUUUUGAUACAGUGUGCGGUGAAGUGGUUUUUGAGUACAGGUCGUCGGCCACUUCCUUUGGUUGUUGCGGUUUUGGUUUUGGUUGCCGAGAUUAAUCAAGUUGAUGUUCGGUUGGAGAAUUUGGCCAAGGAGGUUCAUGCUAUUGUUUCCACUUGUAGAAUUAGGUAUAAGGAGCUUCUCGAGACGCUUGUGAAAGCCGCACAAGUUUUGCCUUGGGGGAAAGAUAUUACGACCAAAAAUAUAGUUAAGAAUGCGUCUUAUGUGAUUCAGUAUAUGGAGAAGAAGUCUAUGUCGAAACCUGUUGAGAAGGGGAAGAGUGUUGAUCGGACAGGGUUAGAUUUGGAAGAUGUGGUUAAUGAGUGCUUAACGCGACAGGAUGGAUACGAGUAUACGGUUGAUGGUUUGGUUUCCCGAAAAGAUUCAAAGUAUUUUUCGUCGGCAAGUAAUUUUGAUAGAGGAGGCAUCAAUAAUGUUGAGAUGCUGGAGAUUUCAGCUGAAUGUUUAUCCCUGAUGUAUGAGAAGUUUUUAAAUGAGAACCGUGAUGCUUUGUCUUCAAGGAGAGUAAAUUCUAAGAAAAGGGUAAGGUUAGGAUUCAAUUUUGAAGAGUGUAGGGAGUGGUGGAAUGGAAAAUCAGAACUGAGCAGAAAGCUUAUACUGAAACGUUUACUAGAGAAGGAUGUUGGAGUGGAUACCAUGCCACCAUCAUUUGUCGCUGGUCAAUUGAAAUGUAAAAUGCGGCGAGAGAAGAUCAAUGCUGCAAAGAAGCGGAUAAAAAGAAUUACUCAUCCAUUACACGCUGAUAUAGAUGAUACUCUAAAUCAUGGCAAUUUAGAUAGCACUUGCCCUGAGAGAAAGAAGAAGAAAAGAGGAGAGGUAGUUGAUGGUAUUGAUUGGGAAGACUUGAUUAUUGAGACACUUAUCCUUCAUCAAGUAAAGGAGGAGGAAAUUGAGAAGGGGCAUUACAAUGCCUUACUGGGCCUAUAUGUGUUUAACUCUAGCGUUGUAUAAGAGAGGUUUAAGGUAUACAAGAAGUUUGAGAUUUAGUGGCAGUUGCAUUAUCCAUUAUUAUUUUGACCGACAAAAAUAUACAAUAGAGCAGAUAUUUUGAUACUGCAAAUUUUGUACUAAAAGAUUUUAUAUUCAUUAGUAAUGGAAGUUACAUAUUUUGCUUUUCAAAAA